AUGUCAAGCUCUGAAAAUUCAAAAAAUGAGACUGGAUAUUAUUUUAAUAAUACCAAGCCAAUUGAAAUAUUUGAAUACCCAGAUCAAGCUUCAAAACUUAUUUGGGGUGUCAAUCGCAAUAAUAUUUUACAAAUAUCUUCACAAAUUAUAGAAUUCAUUAAAACACACAAAUUAUCUAUCCAAAUACCACUUUACCUGAUUGAUGCCUUUUCACGAAUUCGUGUUAAAGAUCUUAAAUUAUUUUCAGAACUUUACCAAAAGAUAUUAAAAGAAUUCUCAUGCAUUAUCGAACCUGAAAAUGAUAAAUUGACGACACUUCUACAUUACAAAGGUUUCAAAUUUGAAAACUUCAUACCUGAAUGGGGAGAAAAACAAAUUCUUAAUUUGUAUUCACCAAAAUCUCCUUUAUACUAUAUUGCAUGGGAUAAAGUUGAUGCUCUUAAGAGUAAAUCCCCAAAACUUAAAAUUAAUGAGCGCAUAGGUUGGAUAUUCACGCCACUUGACUGUGCAAUUAGAUAUGGAUCAGAAUUGUGUUUCAAUUACUUGAAAAAUUUAGGAGCUGAAUACACUGAUUACUCCGAAAAAUAUGCUGUUCAAGGCGGAAAUAAAAACAUUUUUAUGCAAAUGAUAGAAGAAGGUAAAUCAUUUGAUGACAUGAUUAAUACAGCAUUGGAUUAUUGA